AGCAAAAACAAGUUGUAGAACCAAAAGAGAGAGAAACUGACAGUUACCGGCAAAUUUUGACCUUCCAAAACAAAAUCCCCAAAUAUUAGAAAACAGCCACCAAUACCAUACCUUACUCCACCGGCGACGAAAUGAUGAUAGCGUAUUUGGAGCGAUUCUUGCACGAGACUGAACCCGAAUCAAGACAAGACGACGACGUUUCCACCCUAUGUGGCUCUCUAGAAUUACAAGGCACCAUCGAUUUCGACGCCACCGGUUUAGCUGCUAAAGAUUUCGGCGGGACGCACGCCUUCAAGCCGUUGGCCUUCAUUCGACCUUCAAACACGGAUGACGUGGCGAGAGUCGUUAAAGCCGCAGCUCGGUCGUCUAAUCUGACGGUGGCAGCCAGAGGGAACGGGCACUCAAUCAACGGUCAGGCGAUGGCGGACCAUGGUCUCGUCCUAGACAUGCGUUCCACAGAGCGAAACAACUUUGACGUUCGGAGAAUUGAUGGAGCUGUGUAUGUGGAUGUUUCCGGAGGGGCAUUAUGGGAAGAUGUGCUAACAAGGUGCGUUUCUGAGUAUAAUCUAGCUCCUCGGUCAUGGACCGAUUAUCUCGGUUUAACGGUUGGAGGAACCUUGUCUAACGCCGGCGUUAGUGGCCAGGCCUUUCGGUUUGGUCCGCAAUCGUCAAACGUGACAGAGUUAGAUGUCGUUACGGGAAACGGCGACGUAUUGACUUGCUCUAAAUCUGAAAAUCGGGAAUUGUUCUUUGGUGCUCUUGGUGGUCUCGGUCAGUUCGGUAUCAUAACGAGAGCCACUGUUUUGCUACAGCCAGCUCCUGACAUGGUGAGAUGGAUGAGGGUGGUGUAUGCCUAUUUCGACGACUUCACUCGGGACUCUGAGUGGCUUGUGAGUCUACCCGAGGGGGACUCGUUUGAUUACGUGGAAGGUUUUGUCUUUGUGAAUAGUGACGACCCCGUAGAUGGGUGGCCCUCAGUGAAAUUGGACGCCAAGCAGCGGUUCGAUCCAACUCGUCUCCCUCGGAGCGCUGGCUCAGUCCUCUACUGCCUCGAAGUGGCUCUACACUACCGAAACUGUGACCACCCUUCCACUGUCGACCCGAUAGCGAGUACGUUGCUUGAACGGCUAGGAUUUAUCAGGGGCUUGAAGUUCCAGGUGGACAUAAGUUACGUGGAUUUCUUAUUGCGUGUAAAGGGACAAGAAGAGCACGCGAGAGCCAACGGUGUAUGGGACUCUCCGCACCCUUGGUUGAACCUGUUUGUAUCCAAAUCAAACAUUGCAGAGUUUGAUCGUGCGGUGUUCAAGGAGAUUUUGAAGGAUGGUGUUGGUGGGCCCAUACUUGUCUAUCCUCUACUGCGAAGCAAAUGGGACACUCGGACAUCGGUGGUGUUACCUGAAGGAGAAAUCUUCUACCUAGUGGCAUUGCUCCGAUCCACUCCGCCAAACCCUAAACCUCCGUCAAUUGAGAAAUUGGUCGCUCAGAAUCAAGAGAUUGUCCAAUUAUGCUGCAGGAGGGGUUUUGAUUUUAAGUUGUAUCUCCCCCACUACAAAUCACGAGAGGAUUGGAAGCGACAUUUUGGGAAUCAAUGGAGGAGAUUUGUUGACAGAAAAGCCAGUUUUGAUCCUCUGGCCAUACUUGCACCAGGCCAGAAAAUUUUCCCCAGAAGUAAUAUGCCCAUAAGUCCAGACCAAUUGUAAUAAUGCACACUUGGCAGCUCUUUUUAAUUUCGUUGUUAUUAAUGUUUGUGUAUUCAUUUUGCAAUUAGUGGAUAACCAAUAUGUUUCCCCAAAAAAA